AAUUGCCAAUUAUUCGGACCAGCCGAGAUACCUACUUGUUUCGAAGGACGUCCUGACUGGAAAAACAUGGAUUCGUGCACUGCUGGACAUAAAGCAAGAAACAGUAGUCGAAGCGAUGGAACCCGUCAUCAGCCAUAUAGAACAAAAAGGAUUGAAAAUAGCCAGAAUCGUAACCGACAAUGCGACUCAAUUCACGAAUACCCUGUGGAAGGACCUAAUGAAGAAAUACAAAAUUAAACUCAGCCAUUCUACAGCCUACAACCCACAGUCGAAUUUAGUCGAAAGGGCGAUGAGAGAUAUUGGUCAGCGAUUGAGAAUCAAGAUGAAUACCUGUUCAGACGGAGCUUAUUCCCAUCACGGAUGGAGUGCAUUUAUUGCUGAAAUCGAAGCUGAAAUCAACAACACGCCUAAUGACGUCGACAUUCCUCCAAACGAAGCCUGGGGCAUAGACGAUUUCGACAACGAACUUCCUGCGGAAAAAUACACGAUUAAUGCCAAAUAUCAUCUCAAACGACUUCAAGAACAAAAAGACAAACGAAAUCCACCGUCAACUACCAGCGACGAGUUAUUCAUCAACAAAUUAGACAUUCCAAAUGACGUAUUAAUUGCAUCAGACGGAUUCACAUGGAUUUCGAUCGACGGAGCUUGCGCUGAUAAUGGAUCACCAAAGGCGAUAGCAGGAAUCGGUAUAUGCUGGCAUCCUGAGGGAAAAAAGAACAUAUCACAAAGAAUCACGAAUUCUAAUUAUUCGUUGACCAAUAAUCUCGCCGAAGCGAUGGCGCUACUCACCGCUAUGAAGAUCAUGCUGUUCAACGACGUCAGAAAACUGCGGGUAAUUUCGGAUUCCUAUUAUCUCACCUCAGCUGUCAACGACACCUUCGUCAAAUGGUCUGAAAACAAAUGGAAAAAUUCAGCUAAUAAACCUGUACACCAUAAGGAUAUUUUCGAAGAAAUACUUAAUCUAAAAAACCAAUUCGAGGAAUUCCAAUUAGUACACGUAUAUGCCCGACAGACCGACUUUGGAAAUUUUACCGCUGACGCAUUGGCAAGGAAAGCUGUAUACACCGAAGAAUUAGAUAUUACUCGAAUCGAUUCGCUGACUAACCACCAGGCACUUAUUCGACUAAUAAAAGAACGAAAAGAAAUAAAACAUCAAACCAACGAGCAAAGACAUAACAAACGAUACGGCGAUCCACGUAUAUUUCAACCAGGAGAAUUAGUUAUGAUAACUAAUCAUGCACAAUCAUCAAGCGAUAAAGGAACAUCAGCGAAAUUGUACCCGAAACGUUAUGGGCCAUUUGUGGUCGUAUCACACGUCGGUAGAAAUUGUUACGAAGUGCAGAAAAUUGGAGACAAAGAUGAUAGGCGCCUCAUCAAUGUUCGCCAAAUAUCGACUUAUUUAAAUCUCUACCACCUGAAGAUUUUACGCAAAGAGCCAAAAUUACGAUCUAAAUUUGACGAUAGAUCUUUGCGUAAGCGGAUAUAUCAAUUUGCUGAACACAAGGACCUCCUGGAAAAAUACAUCAAAGAAAUUGAAACGCCUAAGAAGAAAAAUGUACGUACGUUUGAUGAGAUGAACGAAGGAGAGAAGCUGGAAGAAUUCGACCAUAUACGGAAGAAGUUUCGAAAGGAUCCAACUCCAGAAGGAUGCAAACAAUUCAAUAUCGUCCUAACACGAGUAAUCCCAGAUCAGCCAGAGAGAGAAAACCUAAGGAAGGAAGCCGAAAAUCGAAUGCGGAUGCGAAAACGUACCAAAAGAAUCGAUUAUAACGAAAAUACAGAUUUACCAGAGGAUACGAUGAAUAUUCCGAAGAAGAAAUAUAAAAGCGUCAAUUUUAUUAUACUGAACCUGUUGAAUCGUGAACAAAGGAUGCGUUUCACAUACAUUUUUUCUGCGCUGCCAGAUUGGGGUUCAAUUCUCCCCACCACCGAAGAAUCUAUUCACCGGGACUAUUCAAAGGACAUUGCAAAAGGAGUUCAAUCGUUUUUUGAAGCUACUUCUGACCAGACAUCUCCUUCGACAACACCUAAUAAUACAUCAAUUACUGAGUUCGAAAGUUCAACUUAGACGAUAUCAACCGGAAAGAAUACGACUUUUUAUUUUCCUACCAGAUUUUAUUAUUUAAUUACCGAUUUGUAAUUAGAAGAUUUUAACUUUCAACUUAUAAUUUCAUUUUCAACUUAUAAGAAUUUUACAAUUUUUCAACGAAUUUCACCGAUUGGGAGCCCUGUCUAGUGUACAUAGAAGCACUUACCGAAAUUCGUUCACUUAAUAACAACGAUGUUUCACCGAAUUGCACCUAAUAUGGAUUUACCGGAAGUUCACGAUGCACGAAUUGUCGAUGAAGAACAAAAUUUAGUACGAAUACGUCGAUUUGAUGGUACCUAUCAGGAUGUUAUUUUACCGAUUAAUUUUGAGAACCUCGAAGAUAAACUCAGAGAGGAUGGGUGUCGAUGGGGUCCAAUGCUGCCGAUCAAUAUGCCAGAUUAUUACCAUUUCGUCCAUCAACACCUAUUUAUCAGUCGAUAUCGAUCGAUCUCUCGUUAUGAUGGAACCAACAUCGUACAUGCAUUCAUCAACGGAUGGUGGAUAAUCGGAGACGGAGUAGCCCAUGGAGUAAUACGCGAAAUAUUCAAUACCGACGCUCGACUCAGAAAAGCUUGGGAUUUAUCGAAAAUAUCCGGAAACAAUCUCUCAGCUAAACGAUUAUUGUUCAAUUUACGCCGACACAAGAUCGUGAUUCCACCGAAGAUCAUCAUUACAGAAGGAAGUCAUGAUUUAUUGAAGGAAUCAUUUCAACGAGCUUGUUACAAUACCAAGGAAUUAAUAUUGUAUUUAAUUACCGAAGGAGCCGAAGAGAUCCUUGUACUUCCUAAUAUCAACUCGCCGAUAAUUCCAGACAGAGCACUACGUAAAAGAUACCGAAAUUUCCUACAAUACGAAUUACCUCAAAUCAGCCCUACUGCGGUUGAAUAUGGACACACCUUUUGUGAAGUAAUGGACAAGGCAGAUCCUUGUUAUCGAGAUUCGAAAGGAAAUUACUAUUGUCAUCCAUUGAUCCACGCUGAAUUAGCCUACCGACUCGUCCGUCAUACUCAAGAUUUUUCACCGGACCGAUACGACUGAUAACCUGAAACAAAUGGAAGAAAUAAAUCGCAGCAUCAUCCUAUCACACCGACCUGUAUCUUCAUCGACCGAUUCUUAUUACCAAUCGACUUACCCAUUAUGGAAGAUCUUAUUCGUGUAAUUAUUUCCAUCGCGUAUUUGAAAAUAAAAAUUUCACUCUGAAAAAGUUGUUAUUAUUUACUCAAUCGAACUACCAUCAACGCUGCUGACAAAGAAACCGAAUUUGAAACGCACCCGCGUGGAGAGGGGAAACACAUUUCACCCCCGCCCGCCCAUAUGCCAACUCAUACAAAGACGAACUCCUUAUCGAUUCCUGGAACUGACUGCGCAGAUUUCGUCGAUCGAACCGAUUAUACCACCAACACUCGGCGCUCAUUAUUAAUGUGCCUUUUGAAGUAUAUACUACGUUUGCCUUCUUUUGAAUUUUUAUGCGUCCAUAUUUGGAUUUAAUUUUGCGUUAUUUGAAUUAAUUGUGGUUUAUUAUCAAAGGUGAGUUAAUCGGUUUUCAACUUAUAUUUUACAACGACUGCAUUUCAUCUAAUAAGUCAAUUAUUCUAAUUCAAAAAUUUUGUUCGUUAGCCUACGUUUUGUGCGUCCUUACGCCAUCUUUAAUUGGUGUCAAUUUUCAAGAUUUUUGGUUUUUGUCGACUUCAGCGGUUCGAUCUGAUUCGUCAAGAUUGAUCCAACGAUUGAGAUUAACCAUUCAGUCGAGGUCUUAUUUGAGUACCUGCGUUUACGUCGAAAAUUGCCUAUCAGACCGCCUCCAGCUGCGUAAAGAAGUUUUUUCGUCAUCUCAUAGCCAAUUAAUAAGGUAAUAAAUAUCGUUCGCUAGUAUCAGCUA